UCAAAAAAUUCUUCUCAAGAGAUUUCAUUUCUCUCUAUUUCCCAUAUUUCAAGUAAUUGUGAUUUGAUUGAGAGAGAAAAAUGGAAGAAAUGGCUUCUUUAUGGUGUUACCAAGAGACUAUGGAUGAAAUGAGACAGAAUCUUCUUUACACAAGUCUUGAACUUGAAAAGUUGAAACUGCAAAUGAGUGAAGAAAUGAUGAAGAACAAAGAGUAUGUGAAGCAAUUAAUCCAAUUCUUGAAAAUGGUUUGUCAAGAAAGAGAUGAAGCAAAAGAUCAACUUCAGAAACUACUCAACAAACUUGAUAGUAAUCCUCCUAUUGUGAUGAUGAAGUCCACAAAAGCAAAUUCAAGUAUAACUGAUCAGUCCAACAGCUUGUCUGAAACAUACAAUUAUCAGUCACAUUAUUCAUCCCCUAUCGAAUCGUUUUUCGAUACAGUUUCAUCCCCUGACUUGGAAUUUUCCAACAUGAACAUGGCUGAUUCAAAUCCAGUAGCUUAUGACAAUUGUGUUACUCAAUUGGCCCCAAAAGUUGACAAGGCCUCAUUGGUUAUUGACAGUUUUGUAAAGGGGAAAACUUUGCCUCAACAAGGGAAACUCUUGCAGGCUGUUCUUGAAUCAGGGCCACUUCUGCAGACACUUUUAGUUUCAGGACAACUUCCACAAUGGCGAAAUCCACCUCAGCUUACGCUGUUUAAUAUCCCACAAGUUUCCAUUAAAGGGUGUGUAUCUGAUAGUGCAAAUCAGAAUCUUGGUGCAAAUUUGAGCUAUUUUGACAUGUCAUGUGGAUCUUCACAAAUGAUGUCUACAUCUAUGUUAAAUUUUGUUAAUUCUGAUUCUGGUUCCUCUUUGGAAAAGCAGAGGUUGGCAUCUUUUGGUCCAAAUAUGAACACUCAUGUCUUCCUGGGAAAGAGACAAAGGUUGCAUUAACACAAGUUGAAAGUUCCGUAGCUCGGAAUCUUCAAAAAUUCUUCAAAAGUAGUGUAUUUUUGGAGGAUUCGACACGGGUGCAGUAACAUUUUUGGAGAAUCUGAGCAAUACAGGUUGAAAGACGGAUGCCUAUAUUUCAAAUUUUUGCACAAAGCAUUUUGUCCAGGUGUUGUAAAUGGGACAUAUUGAUUGAGUUUGACAGCAUUAGUUUUUUUGGCUUUUCCCUUACAGUUUUCUUUACAUUAUUCAAUAAACAGUAAUAAUAUGAAUUUUGAAUUUGGAUUAUGGUUGUUGAUAUUGAUAUGUUACUAAAGUAGAGAUUUAUUUUUGUCCAUAAAUGUGUAACUUGAACUUUUUGGCCGAAGGUUUUAUUGUCAAGGAGAACUUUUGAUAUGUUUCAGAAAAAGAAUUGAUUUUGUUAUUUGCAACUAGAAAAAGAGCAAAACCUCUCAUUCCCCUAACCCUCCUCCAUUUGGACUCUUUCAAGAAGAAAGCAUCUUGGUUGUUGCAUAGAAAAUGACAAACACAAAAAAGUACCAAUAUCUAUAAUCUUUGGUAUCAUGAAAAGAUUAAAGAUACCAAAAAAGGCAGCCCGGUGCACUAAAGCUCCUGCUAUGCGCAGGGUCCGGGGAAGGGCCCAACCACAAGGGUCUAUUGUACGCAGCCAUACCUUGCAUUUCUACCAGAGGUUGUUUCCAAGGCUUGAACCCGUGAC